GCGGCGCGGCGCGGCGGGCGGCGGAGCCAGGGCGCCCCUCGUGCGGCGGCUGCAUGGGGAGGGCGGCGGCGGCGGCGGGGCGAGGGGUCCCGGCGCGCCCCCGCCCACCCGGGGGCCGGGACUGAGCGAGGCGGCGCCGCGCCCCGGCACAGGUGCGGUCGCGCGGUGCUUUGCGGAGCGGAGCGGAGCGGUGCGGGUGCGGAGCGCCCUCCUUCCGGCGGGGGAUGUGCCGGCCGCCGGGGGCGCGCCGCCCGUGGGAAGCGCGCUGCUAACGCCACCUGGGCGCCGCCGGAGCGCCCGGAGCGGAGCGGAGCGGAGAGGAGAGGAGAGGAGAGGGCUCGCCGGGAGCGAGGCAGGCAAGUGUGUAUUUUGGAGGGAUGCAUGCUGAGCUCAUGAAGCUGCCACAGCACAACAGGCUGCACGGGUGAUCUGCUCUUGGAGAUCUUGGUGGUUAUGGCAAAAUCUUUCAGCAGUGCGUGGUAUGAUGGGCUACAGGUUGGAUGAUCUACAGUCAUCUGAAACAUGAUAAAUACUUCUCUUCCUUGUCCAUGCCUACAUGCUGACAUACUACCAGUUUUGUUUCCAAAAGAGGAGUUCACAGAGCUACACAGUGCCUGAUCCAAGCAGCUGCGUUGAUGUUCUUUACUGGACCAUACUAUGUCAGAGAGUCACAAUGAUCAUGCACAACACCAGUUCAGCCUCGUCCCUGUUUGGAAAUGUGAGCUCCUUCUGGAAGAGAGAUUCCCAUGGACCAGGACUACUUGAUGAAGCAGCAUCGCUCAUUGGCAGCUAUGAUUUCCCUCAGACCACAGAGAGUUUUCCCUUCUCCACUGUGGAAUCAGUAAAUACAUCCCUAAAUGCCACGAGUAAAGACCCUCUGGGUGGACAUACAGUCUGGCAAGUAGUUUUGAUUGCUUUCCUCACUGGGAUCCUUGCACUGGUGACCAUCAUAGGAAACAUCCUAGUGAUAGUUGCAUUUAAGGUUAACAAACAACUGAAAACAGUCAACAACUACUUCUUGUUGAGUCUUGCUUGUGCGGAUUUGAUCAUUGGUAUUAUUUCCAUGAAUCUUUUCACCACAUACAUCAUCAUGGGCCACUGGGCUUUGGGAAACUUAGCCUGCGAUCUUUGGCUCUCCAUUGACUAUGUCGCCAGUAAUGCCUCUGUCAUGAAUCUCCUUGUCAUAAGUUUUGACAGGUAUUUUUCCAUCACUAGGCCACUUACGUACAGAGCCAAACGAACAACUAAAAGGGCUGGAGUGAUGAUUGGUUUAGCAUGGGUCAUAUCUUUUGUUCUUUGGGCCCCUGCCAUAUUGUUCUGGCAGUAUUUUGUUGGGAAGAGGACUGUGCCUGCUGAUGAAUGUUUUAUCCAGUUUCUAAGUGAACCUAUCAUCACUUUUGGCACUGCCAUAGCUGCCUUUUACUUGCCAGUCACCAUUAUGAGUAUUUUGUAUUGGCGGAUCUACAAGGAGACUGAGAAACGCACCAAAGAGUUAGCAGGGCUACAGGCUUCAGGCAGCGAAGCAGAGGCAGCACGCUUUGUGCACCAGACAGGCAGUUCCCGGAGCUGCAGCAGCUAUGAGCUGCAACGGCAGAGCAUGAAACGCUCAACCCGAAGGAAAUACAGACGCUGCCACUUCUGGCUCACAAUGAAGAGCUGGGAACCCAACACGGACCAGGGGGACCAAGAGCACAGCAGCAGUGACAGCUGGAACAACAAUGAUGCUGCUGCCUCCCUUGAAAAUUCAGCCUCCUCUGAUGAAGAAGACAUUGCUGCAGAGACCAGAGCCAUCUAUUCGAUUGUGCUGAAGCUUCCUGGUCACAGUGCCAUCCUUAAUUCCACAAAACUGCCAUCCUCAGAAGAUUUGAAUGAGUCAGGGGAUGAACUGCAGAAAUCCGACACAGAGUCACAGGAAAAGAAAUCUAAAAAAUUGCACCCUUCCAAAAGCAUUCAGGAUGGUGGUAGUUUCCAGAAGAGCUUUUCAAAGCUUCCAAUUCAGCCAGGGUCAGCAGAGACAGCUACAGCUUCUGAUGGAAUCUCAUCGGUGACCAAGACAUCUGCAGCCCUGCCCUUGUCCUUCAAGGAGGCAACCCUGGCAAAAAAGUUUGCCUUGAAAACCAGAAGUCAGAUCACAAAACGAAAACGAAUGUCACUUAUCAAAGAAAAGAAAGCGGCACAGACACUCAGUGCCAUUUUGUUUGCCUUCAUCAUUACCUGGACCCCAUAUAACAUCAUGGUUCUGGUGAACACCUUUUGCAACUGUAUCCCCAAAACUGUCUGGAACCUGGGGUACUGGCUUUGCUACAUCAAUAGCACGGUGAACCCUGUUUGCUAUGCACUGUGUAACAAAACAUUCAGAAACACUUUCAAGAUGUUACUGCUGUGCCAGUGUGACAAACGAAAACGACGCAAACAGCAGUAUCAGCAAAGGCAGUCUGUCAUUUUUCAUAAGCGGAUCCCUAGGGAAGCUUCAUAGAAUAGUAUUUUUUAAACACCUUAAAAAUAAUGGAGGAUGGGACUGGAUGGGAUGAGAUGGAAUGGGAAGGGACAGGACAAGAUGGGAUGGGUUGGGAUGGGUCGGGAUGGGAUGGGACAGGAUGGGAGGGUACGGGAUUGGGAUGGGGUGGGAGGGUGGUUCCAGGGUGCUGAUUCAAACAUUUAAACAUCAAGACAUGAAAGCAGCUGCCAGGCUUCUGUAUCCUUUUAAUAAAUCCACUUUAAUAUAAAAAUCAAGUCUGCAUUCAGCAAAAACUAACAAACUUCAGCGUUUUUACUAAGGAACGAAAGACUUAAUAAAGUUUUCCUACAAAUUUGCAAGAAGCUGUAUAGCAAUUAUAAACCCAUUACUGAUCUGCCCAGCUCUUUGAUUAUAAUCAACUCUGGGAUCUCAGGUAAGCACAUCUAGCUAGCCCAACUCUUCUGUUUCCAAGGAAUCCAACAACUGUCAAUUCCAGUCACACACAGAUGUAGCAAGCUAGCAAAACAGGAUUAUGAAAUCAUUUGAGACACUGUAUAGGUUGCAAAACUGCUUCUUGUUGUCCAGGUAGAGCUUCCUGUCUACUUCUCUUUUGGUGUAUUGUUAAUUGUACCCCUGAUUGCCAAGUAUCUACAUGUGCAGCUCAUGUUAUAUAUAUGUGUGUGUGAGUGUGCAUGUAUGCAAAACAUACAUUCACACCUCUACAAUACGCACAUACCAGGAAAGAGGUGAUCUAUUGGUCUAGGUUUUACAGGGCCCCACAUCACUGUUGCACGUAAUCGAAAUUUUAAAAAAACAAUAUCAGAAAGUCUUAUAAAUAUUUAUCUCAUUGUUCACCACCUGAAAUUCAGGUUUGGUUUGCAACUAAAACACUGUCCACAUUUCAAAUCGAGAGAACCAAAGCGUAGCCUGUGAGUCUGACAGUCUACUGAGUUAUGUAUCAGAGCAUAUGCCCAGUACAACCUUUGUCUUCAGCACAGUAUCUCUCCCCAGAGUGAUCAUGCUUCUUUAAAGGAUAUGAAGGUGAAAGGAGUUGAAGAUUGCCUUGAGGGCUCUGCCCUCAACGUAGUGUGUGGGAUGGCAAGAGCCCCUGGGCCACCGAUCGUCAAAGGUUCAGGAGCCAGAAGGAUGUGGCCAUGAGCAGCAGCUCCAUUUCUUGCUCAUCCCCAGAUGAUCUUCAGACGCAAAAGAUGUGUGUAAAAUAAAUCCUUUAUUUUUGUACAUGAAGGACACUCACUAUAAAGUGUUUCUUUUCCAGAAUCUGUGUGAAAAAUCAUCAGUAGAAGUGUACCUAAAUCUGUUAAUUGCCAGGUUAUUUGGUGUUUCAGAAAAUGUGAGUGUUGCCAAUUUGUAACCUGGUAAUUUUUAAUAGAGAAAAUUUAAAAAGGGCUUUCAUAUUUAUAGCUUAGACAUGACCAGUAUUUCCUGGUAUUUGUGAUGUGGUCUGCACCAAACAUAGUGUGAUUUAUAAAAGUCAGAGAUCCCCCAGGGAAAGGAUUGUACUUUAAACUAUUGUUCUAAAUCUGAUUUAGUUACAUGUUGAAAGAUAAUUUUGUAUUCUUCUUUGAACUGACCAAAACUUUUUUUAUUGCUUAAACUCUUGUUUUGCUGAAAAUAAAACAAAACAAAUUUCUUCUUUUACAAAGGGGCAUCAGUGUUGUGAACACAGAACUGAUGUAAAAGCUGCUUUUGUAUUCAGUGUGAGAUGGUGUUUACAGAUGAUUUUGACAACAGUGGAAAUAUAUUAAAUGGUGUCUGUGUAUCUGAACUAUUUAAUUUUGUGUUAUGUUCAUAUGGAGAAAUAUUUAUACAUACUUCACCAAAUGUUUUAUUUAAUGUUGAUAAAUAUUGCUCUUCAGUCUUCAGCUGUAGUGUCCUUUUAAAGUGAUUCAUAAAGGUCUGCUUGAGAAAUGAAUAGAGUAUACCUAGCUUUCUUGUCACUAAAACAAAUGCUCUUGACAUACAAAUCUUUCUUUUGUAUGAGUUGUUUAAAGUGUCUACCUAAAAGUAAGCUUGUAAAUGAUAUUGUAAGUCUACUUCAAGUACAAGUUCAAUAUACAGUAAGAAAAAAAAAAAAAAAAAAAAAAAAGUUAAAGCUUCAUCUAUAUGUCAUGAGUGCAUUUUGAGCUAAAGAUGCCCAGAUUUGGUUUACCAGUUUGGUAGACACACAGCCAAAGACUUGCAAGGCACCCACAUUGCAAAGAAAAUGAAAGACCUUUUUUUAUAGAAAGAAGUAUAUAUUUGAAAUAUAUUCAUUACUCAAGUUGACCUAACUAAUCUUUUAACAUUUAAAUAUAUACCUAUAUCUAUAUAUAUUGCCAUAUUAUUAUCUUCUGAUAUUUAGAGUAGUGCUGUGCCCCUAAUACACAAAAUGUGAGAGCAUGUAAGGAAGCCAGAGUUCAUCAGGGGGAUUUAUGGUAUAUUAGUAUUGAUUUUACAAUGGGAAACUAUUAAUUUUUAACGAAGCAAAGCUUCUUUGAAAGCGUCUGUCACCACUGUUUACAUAAUAGGAAGAGUUAAACCCUUGGACUGUUAUAAGAGAGAAAUAAACAACCUGUCUUUUGAUGUGUGAACAGGCUUUAAAAUGUUAUUGCAGGCAUCAUAAAUUGUGUAUGUAUACACGUUGUAGCACAGAUCAAUUUUGUUAUUAUUUAUUUAAUGGAAUAUGCACUAUAAAAUAUUAAGAAUUUGGCUGUUGCAAGUACAGUGGGGAUCAAAUUAAUUUGUAUCCUAUAUGUCUACGUGUUUGCAUUAAACCCAUGCACACACACAAAUUGUAAGUAUAGGCACAAGAGGAUGUAUUAUUUAUGAACAUAGGCACACGCACAUGGUAGGUUUCAGAAGAAGAACAAUGCAAGACCCAAAGAUACAAUCUGACACGGGAUUACUUUUAAAAGGUAGAAAUUAUGUAAAAUUGCAUCUGUUUACAGGAAAAUUAAUCAGAAACAUGAUAGAAAGCAUCAAUCUGAGGGCAAACAGCUCAGUCCCAUAACCAUUCCUCACAUGAAAAGCUGGCUUUCAGAGACCAGGCAUCAUCCCCAUUAGCUGCAAUAAUAAAUGAUUAGAUUCCAUAUGAAGAGGAUCAAAGAAUCAGAGGAGAUAGCAAGACAGGCACCACUGGAUUGUCUGCAGCAAGCUUUGUAGAAUAGACCCCAAUCACUGUCAAGCACCAAAUAGCUCUAAGACAACAAAAUCCAUUGUUAUACAAAUGCAAAAUUGUAUGACAGCUUCCGUACCAGUAGAGGCUGUGAGAUCUCUGUCUGAUCCAGAGAUCCAAGGACAGGUGUCAUGGUGCACUAAGUGCUUUAUCCUACCACAGCACAACAUGCUUCCUAGAAUUUAAUCUGCAGAGGCCACUGUUCUAAAGUUAAACAAGUACAGAAAGGCCUGAGCAGUUCCCCAGGUUUGAACACUUGGAUCUAUAUAGACUGAACAAUAAGUGACCUGCAGAAAUGUAUAGUUUUGUGAGGAUACCCAUGCCAAUGUUGUGAGGCAGCUGAUGACCUUCCUCAAUUAUGUACAAUUUCAUUUUCUUAUUUGGUUGUCUUGAGUUUUAUAUUUCCUUACUUCUUCUGUAAGAAUAUCCUGAAACAUCUUGGCUCAGUCUCAACUUUGUGUAUAUAAGAAGUGAAUGGAACUCUUCCAGUACGCUCAGUUUGCCUGUAUGGAAUAGAAACAUCAAAAGAAAAAUGAUUUUUUUGUCUUUUUUUUUUUCCGAUCAUCAGCAUCAGUAAUUUUGAAUCUAUGGACAUCAUUAUGCUACUACAUAUAGAGUAGGGAUAGUCAUGGAGCAUCAUGCUAAGCCACUUAUAAACUGCAUUUCAUUUGCCCCCUUGAUUAUCUCAUUACCUAGGCACCCCCAUUCAAAUGUAUGGUUGAGAUUCCUAAAUCUCAUUCUCCCCAAAAUGUUUUCUGGAUACUUUUCAUAAAAUGUUUUUCAAGCCUGUCUUGGUAUCAGACUUCAUUCCUUUCAAAAAAUCUCCAUGCCAAAUUAAACUGCUCCAAGGGCAUAUUACUAGUGUUGAGGUCUAGUACUUUCUUUUCUGAGACUUACCAAGAGGAAUUGGAGCAGGAUCCUUUAUAUAUAAACAUAUAUAUAUAUAUAUAUAUAUAUAUAUAUAUAUAUAUAUUCAUUUUGUCUCUUAGGUGUUUACCCAUACUUUCUUCUGGGAGCAGGUCGAAAUGGUAUAUAUUUGUAGAUUGCUUUCUGUUAACCCAAAGGUUAUGUACAAAUGUCUGCUGGAGUUGCAGUGUUUGAUGAUGGCUGUCUUCUCUGUCCCUGAAGUGGACUCCCAGGAUACCCAAGUACUUCUAUUGGGAAGCUUAGAUAGAUCAUAUAUGACAUUCAGGUUUUCAGAGAAUUAAAAGUUUUAUUUAACUAGGAUUCUCUUCCUUGUACCAGGCAUAGAUCAUUUGUUGAUUUUGCACUUCGCUAUUUCUGUAGACAAAUGGUGGGAAAAUACUAACUUGUAAAGUGCGUUAUUUGGGCAUUUUUGUAUUCCAGCUUUAAGGAUGAGCACACAUAGGGUAGCUAAUUUGAUUGUGUUGUUUGUUGGAAAGAAGUUGAUAUGAAUAGGAGUGUUUGGAGCUGUUAUUUUCCACACUGUUUAUUCCAUUUCAUACCCCAUGGCACCACAAUUGACUGAGCUUGAUCAUCACAGUAUUUGAUGUCACUGAUAGGUCUUCACAGUCCUAACUGGCAAACUUAUUUACUGUGCCACUGUGGUAUUCAGGACUUUGUUUACUUUUCACCACUCCCAUGGCAUCUUAAAUACAUAUAUUAUAACACAGAUUGUCUUUUUUUUUUUAUCUUCAAGAAAGAUUGUUGUGGUUAUUUACAUAUACACACUUAGAUGUGCUUGAAGACUUUUUGAUUCAUUUUAAAUACUUAAAUGACCAGAGAAAAUGUAGUUAACCUUGACAGAGAUCAUUUUCAUGGUUUAUUCCAAUGUGUAUCAAGUGGCAUGCAUUUUGUACUUAUCCAUCUCUAUGCACUUUGCAUAUCUCAGAAGGAUAACAUAUGUAUGACACAGUACUAUAUAUGUGCAUACAGAGAGAGGCACACAUAUCUACAGUGAUGUUUAUGGAAGUAUAUAUACAGUUAUGCUGACAUUGUCAGCCAUAGUGAACAUUGUCUUUGAUGCCUGAUCAGUUGUAACUGGACAGUUUAGGUCUGCUCUGCUUAGCUACAAGAAAAGUUUUCACAUCUUUCCUUAGUGCUUAUUUUUCAAAAUGCCUUGUCCUUAUUUAUGAACAUGCUGUUCUUAGUGUAUUGUGCUGGCUCUUUGGACACUACCCAAAAUUUAGAAAUGCAUGACACACGCUGAGCUUUUGCACCGAUACUGUACUAGGUUCAACUCCAUUAGCUUAACCAAAACCACUCUGGCUUCACCAAAUGUGAAGAUGGCUUUGGGUUCUAAGGAUGGAUUCUGUCUAAGUUUACCAAAGAGAAAUAGGGGUCCCAAACUCCUGAAAUCAUGCAAACAUCACAGUCAGUUUCUCAGUUUGGUUACAUGAAUGCAGGCACUAUUAAAACAGUUUGAGGUGGAAAAGUAUCAUCCUUCCCCACUCCAUGCUAUUGCUCUGCCCUUUCUGUUAUAUGGAAUAGUACUUUUCAUUUGCCAGUCCCACAGGUGGAACUGUGCAAUUUAAAAACCAAACCAAACCAAAACAUACAUAUAUAUAUACAUAUAUAUUUAUAUAUAUAUAUAUGCUUGUUUGUGUGGUAGAACUGAGAAAAACACAGUGUAGGUAUAUCUAGGUCAUUUGUCCUUUUCUGUUUUUGUAAAUAAUAAAUCCUUGACUGAGUUUAACUGGCAUGUAUGAUGCUGACCUCAGGGAAGGUCUUAUGAAAAUGGUGAUAAAAUAGCUGAUCUCUGGUGAGAAGAUCUAACUUGUUUCCAAGCUAGUGAAGCUAUACUAUGUAUUUAACUUGGCAGUAAGCUUGGAAAAAGAACAAGGCAUUUAAAGUUUUUAUAGAUGUGCACAUCCUCUCUGCACAGGGGUGAAUAAACACAUGCAAACACUUCCCAGAAAAGUUCAGUGUGUGAAUGACUCUGGGAGCCAAGAGUACUCAUUACCAACAGCCACACUUCUGGCAUGGCAGCCUCAUACCCCACUCAAACAUCUAUGAAACCUUAUUAUAGGGCUAAAUAAUUGGGCAUUCAUAGGGCAGUGUGGUUUAUUUGUCUGUGUGUUUGUGCAUGCACAUAUAUGCAUUUUCCACGAAUUUUACAGGAAAUUCUUACUCUCUCAAGUCCAAAAAUUUAGUGCUGUAUCUGGAAUGAAACAAUGCCUGAAGUGCUCCAAUGAUUAAUACUUGGUCAUAGCUAAUAAUUAGAUAAGCACAUGACAGUGUACAGAGAGAACUUUUAAAUUUUCUUUUUCAAAUCUUCAUAGUAGCAUAGUUAAUUUCCUUAAAAUACCCAAAAGAACUGAAAAGUUUUACACUGUCAUGGAAAUAAAGUCUCUGGAUAAGAAACUGAUUUCUUGAAUUUUCUUCAAAUUGUCCAGUCCUCUUGAGAAUAUUUUUCUUCUGGGUUGAAAUCUCUGGGUUAACAAAGCAACCAUAGUCACUCCUCAAAUGUGAUCUAGCCUAGAGGUGUCAAAGUGAUGAGGAGAUGGCCUUCAUUAUUUUGUGGUUAACAAGGCUACUUUAAGAAUAGUUAUCGUUGUGGCACAGACCAGCACCACAGCAUGAUUUAAGAUAAAAGUCAAUUUACUAUGAACCCUGUAUUGUGUGAAUAUAUCACAAGAAAUAGACCUAUUUGGUAUUUCCUGAUGCUCCGUAAUUUUUCUCCAAUCAUUAUUUUCACUUUUCAUAGUGAUUCAAUCCCCUCCAGCUGUACAUACCUAUUCAACACUCUCUUCCAUCAAUGUAGAAGUAUGCCAUUUUUAGCACCUACAAAAUCAUAUUUAUUUCCCUUCCCUUCCCUUCCCUUCCCUUCCCUUCCCUUCCCUUCCCUUCCCUUCCCUUCCCUUCCCUUCCCUUCCCUUCCCUUCCCUUCCCUUCCCUUCCCUUCCCUUCCCUUCCCUUCCCUUCCCUUCCCUUCCCUUCCCUUCCCUUCCCUUCCCUUCCCUUCCCUUCCCUUCUGCUUGAAGGGAAAUAUUGAGUAGGAUUACAUAUUCACUGCUGCUCUCAGAAGCAAGAUGCUUAGGGAAAGAUCAUUGACAUCAGUACACUCAAUGCGUGAAAGUGCCUAUUCAGAAGUUAAAGGUUAAAAAAGCAUGAAUUCUAUUGCUCAUUGCUUUCUGAAAGAAUUAAGAAAACACUAAAUACAAUGUGAUGUUUUGCAGUUGUAGGCUGUAGAAUUUGUAAGUGUUCAAUGAAGAAGAUACAGUUUUUUUCACAUAAAUUGUCCCUGAGUUUCCAGAGGUGUCCUCUUACCCAGUUUGCUCCUGCCCCAGUCAUGCCUGUGUCACUUUAGUUCCCAGGAUUUGUGCCCUUCUUCCCUUCCAAAGACCAAAAAAAGUCACCGGGCUUUUGUCUAGUAUGAAGCUGGAAAUGAGCUCCUGGUACUUGCACCCUACUGGGGGAAGGGUGUGGGCCACGGAAGUCAAGACAAGUUGUUACAAAAAUGAGUCGUAAGCUUCCUGCUUCAACUUGGAGAUACGGAGUAUUUUUAUGAUAGAAGUAGAGAUAACAUUACAGGAAUCUGAUGAACAUACUCUGUGUUUCCUGAUGUGCCUUUCUGUUCUUAUUAAUUGAAAGGUUUCUGUGCUGUUCUUCUGAUUUAGGAUCAAAACUAGUUCUAGAGACAUUAUCUGAAUAUAUAUAUAUUUAAAGCUUUAAUAUUUAAAAUAAAUUUAUAUUGUUCUCAUUCUUUCUGAAUUUGAAAUAUGGGGCAAAUUACACUCAGUAAAUGAGCACCUCAGAAGCCUCUUUAAUAAAAAGGGAUUUGUAAUUUUACCCCUUAUCAGACCCUGCUUUUGUUCAGCCAAAAGUAGUAGAGAUGAACUUACUGGAAACAGAUGAAACAACCAGAAAGCAGUAAAAGUGAGAGCCUCACCUUCUGCUACAAAAACUGGCAGUGCUUGCACUCAAAGUCUGGUAUCUACUGAGCUAGUAGUAGCCAUCCAUUCAGAUAGAUACUAUCCAAACACAAAUAUUUAUUAAUAUUAAAAAUAUUAAAUUAAUUGGCCAGGUUGUUCUGGUUCUGCAAACAGGUUCUGUACUGCAUGGCAAUUCACCUGCUGACUUUUAAGUAAAGUUCUGUGUCUAGGGAAACUGUUAGCAAGAAUAAUUGGUCCUAAGUCAUACUGAUGGCAUUUUGCAAAACACUAGUACAUUAAUGGGGAAAGUAGAGGUGGAUAAUGAUGGAGAGCUAUUGUUUGCAAUUGUUUUCCUCGGUAGCAACAUUUUGGAGUAUCCUUUCCUCUUUCAAUUAAAUAAAGACAAAGUUAAAAGAAAAUGCCCAGAGACUGACUUAAAUACUGUUGUAGGCAUUCUCCCUUCUGGAAUCACUGCCAGCACUGCAGUCUGUAGGACAGAGGGUGGGUGGCUGUGUGGUGGUAGACAAAUGAAUGCAUCAGCCCCAGUUGAGCAUCUAAUGAACUUUCACAUUUCUCCUUUAACCACACGGGUAUUAGCCCAAAGUGUGCUGUACAAACUUGGCGCCCACUGAAUUCCCACUGUGGAACAUUGUGUUCUUAAGGGAUUUUUUCAUUAUUUAUUUAUUUAUUUAUUAUUUUUUAUCCCUUCAUAUAAAGCUAAUCAGGUGGCACCUUCCCAUGUGGAACUUUCCUUACAAAUGUAUUAUUAUUGUAAUCUACAAAUGCCUUUUACCCUGUAUGCUCCUGAUAACAGUUGCAUUAGUAUAAGCUGAUAAAGUCAUUUCUUUAGUUGCCGCUCAUGGAGAGGCUUGCUAGUUAAGAUAAAAAGUAAAUGAUGUGAUAUAAGAGUCAUAUCUGAUUGUACAGUCCAUUGUCUGCCAAGCAGUUGGUGAUGUAAGGUUUACAUAACCACUAGAUGUUGGUUGAACUUUUGAAAUAUAUUUCCGUGUUCUUUUUUUCCUCACUGAAUCCAAUAGAGAGGCAGAAUACCGAACAAGCAAUCAAGAAAAAUGUAACCUUAAAGUAAUUUGAGAUUACUACAAGAACAGUAAAUGAUCUAGAAACAGUGCUUUGGAAGUCUUCAUCAAGUACAUCCUUUCCUUUGGUGAAACUGUUACUCCCUUCAGUCUGGGAGGCCUCUGUGCAGACGUAGGUUUGUAGUAGGGAAUGUGGACUCCAUCCAUGCAUGCUGGUGUUUUCUGGCAGCUAUCAGUUUUCUUGAUGUCACAGGUGGCUGCUUGCUGAAACUGCUCCAUGCUCUGGUAGCAGCCGUGGCCACCGGCCUUCGCUGGGGUCUGACCCAAGCCCAGUGCCAGCUCACAGCCAGGCCCCUACUGUGCUCCCAAGGCCCUUUCUGCCCCGUGUCACACUUUGCAGCCACCUACACACACUCCAGGCCUCUUCCCAGUCCUCCUGUGCCCUGCUCUGAGCCAGACAGCAGCCUGCAGCCAAAUUCCCUGGGAGGACAUGAGCAAGACCCAGCAAGGCCUCAGCAGCCCCGGGCCUGCCACCGGCCCCUUUCCUCCCACCUGCUGCUGGGCUGCGCGCUCCCACAGCACAGACCAUGGCUGCUGAAACCAUUUCCAGCUCCAUUGUGAGCCGCAUCACCCGUUACUGCCAGCAUUAGAGAAAAGUGGAAAUGAGGAAUUGCUUAUCUCUGGCCCAUUUUUUAUUCUUUUUUUUUCCUUUCAGAUGAUGUAUGUAUAAUGCCUAUUUGUUUGGGGGAAAGACCGCAGGCUACAGAUGCAGCAUUUUGGUAGAUAUUUUAACAUAUUCAGAGAAGGGAAAAUUCAGUCACGCAAAUAGAUAUCUUGGAUUUUUUUCCUCAUUUACUGAAUUCAUCACAGAAAAUUUAACUCACCUCCGGCUACACAAGUGUCUUCCUGCACUUUAGAUAGUUGAGCAAUUUUCCCACGUGCCAGUUUGUUCAGAUUUCUUUCUUCAUCUGUAUCCUCACUAACGGUUUCUUGAGUUAGUGAGCUUUUGCCUUUUUGAUGGUGCAUGGGUCUGUUUGCACCAGCUUUGUGUUAACUUCAGAAUCCUAGCUAUCAGGAGCAAUCUAGCUGUGGUAUGAAGCUCCUCUACCUUAUUUUAUGGCUCUCAGCAUUCUGAAUUAUCACACACUCACAGACAAGGGGAUUUGUCCAGUGUUUUUAAUCUACAUAAAAUUUACUGAAAUAAUCAAGUACAUAUAAUUGAGCUGUUCAAAAUACCAAUCCAAAAUCCACCCUAUUAUUUUAAAGUACCAUAUCAAAAUACUUUUAUAUGUGUCAUGGAAGCAAAUAUCUCAGUGCGUAUCCAAGACUAGCUAUGUAGCCUGUAAUGAGAUAUAAUACAAAACAGAUAUCCUUCAAAUAUUUCAUUAAAUAAUGUGACCUAAUUCAUCCUGGCUGAACAGACUUAGUUUAGCUCAAUCCUGCUGUUAAUCUUUCUUCAAAAUUCUCAUUAGCAUCAAUGGAAAUUUUAGCAAGAGGAGAUAAAUCAGUCUUUUUUUAUAGGGCAGAUAAAUAAUGCUUUGGUUUUGUAUUUCUUGAUAAUAAAUGUAAUCAAAUUACAUAAAAUAUAAACACUCAAAGCCUGUUCUGUGCCCUCAGGGAACCCCUUUCACUAUCCCAGUGCAGUAAAGCUGCAUAUAGCAGGAGAUAUUCCACUAAGACAGUUAAAAAUAAAUGGGUGUAUAAGACUAAACAGCUUAAAAAAUCAUACUGUAAAUGAUGUGAUUGAGUGAAAUUGUAUGUAUAUUUUUCAAGUCUUCAGAAUAGUUGAAGUUUUAACUUAUUUCAAAUUUUUAAGUUGAAAUCUAUUCAUAUUUGGAAAUUUUGUACAACCUUGUAAAGUUAAAUACUAUGUCACUGUAAUUUAUUUUUGUUGUCAUAUAUUGACAUAUGCUCAUUUAUAUAUGAAGUGUACUGUUUAUCAAUUGCUUCUAAGGCAGCAAUAAAAACAUGAAAGUUGUUCUCA